GUCGGUGCGACUCGCGACACGACAGGUAGCCGACCUGGCUCGACUCACUGAGUUCUCGUCAUGGGAGUGGUGAAGACGGCGUCCGAGAGCAUCCUCGAGGAAACCGUUAUUCCCAGCGAGGAGGCGAACCACUCUCUUCAGGGGCAUGCCGAGGAGUGGACUGGCAGCUUCCCUUACCAGUUAUUGAUAGGUGUUGGGGUUGGACUGAUGGCACUGGUUCUCCUCGCUGCGGCAAGUUUUCAGUGUUCAGCUACCUGGCGUUGGCUGAUGGGUGUCUCAGGUCAGAACAACGAUGAAGACGCCGACGGCGACAUCGGGCACCAGAAUGCCAUCCGGAUCAGCCAUUCGCUGCCGGAUCUUCAGUCCGAGCCAAUCACUCACGAAUACGUUCAAGAGCAGAAGGAAAACAAAAAGGUCCUGCGGCAAACGACCCUGCCGAUCGUUCCCAUGCGCCAUCAAACCUUCCAGCGGCAGUUAUCCCAUCGGCUGGAUUUACCCAACAUCAAGUUCAGCAUUUGUAGUCUCGAAAACCGCAGCGACUCCAGUCUCGGAUUGCUCAAGCCCGAGUUGUACAAAAAGGAUCUAACGCGGCAGGCGAGCACCGAAAGUUCGAGUACCGUUGAAAUGGAGUACUCUGGUAAACUUCACUUCGCGUUGCGAUACGACAAGGAGUUUGAAGGCCUCGUUGUUAAGGUUCUGGAGGCUCGGGAAUUGCCAAUUAAGGAUGUUACUGGGAGCAGCGACCCUUACGUCAAAGUCUACCUCUUGCCGGAUAGAAAGAAGAAAUUCCAGACGAAAGUUCAUCGUAAAAAUUUAAAUCCCAUCUUCAACGAAACCUUCAUUUUCAGCGUACCUUACGACGAUCUUCGCGAGCGUUAUCUCCAAUUCUCGGUAUACGAUUUCGACAGAUUCUCGAAGCACGAUCUAAUCGGCCAAGUCGUUCUCAGGGAUCUUCUCGACUGCACCGACCUCGAACACGAAAUCGAAUACACGAUGGACAUUUUUUGUGCUCUUCAGGAAAAGGUCGACCGAGGUGAACUUAUGCUGUCUCUUUGCUACCUACCGACGGCUGGACGAUUGACUCUGACAGUGAUAAAAGGCCGGAACCUGAAAGCAAUGGACAUCACAGGUUCCUCGGAUCCUUACGUGAAGGUCUAUCUUCUGUGUCAGGGGAAGAGGAUAAAGAAGAAAAAAACUACGGUUAAGAAAAAAACUCUCUGCCCGGUGUACAACGAGGCCCUCGUCUUCGAUGUGCCGUCAGAAAACGUUGAGGAGGUCAGCCUCGUCGUGAAAGUUCUCGAUUACGACAGAAUUGGCCCCAACGAGCUGAUGGGCUGUACCGCAAUUGGCGCCAGCUUCAUAGGCAUCGGUCGUGAUCACUGGCUCGAGAUGCUCGAUAAUCCCAGGAAACCUGUGGCUCAGUGGUACCCGCUGCACGAGACAGUCGCUGGACACAUACCAGCAGUCACCUCGGAACCGCUUCCCGUCAGUCUAAGCUGCCUAAACAGCAGAUGAAGAAAGAAUGAUUAACGUCAGCGUGGUGGUUGAAAAAUUCUCAUCGUACCUACUGGGCGUCAGCUGGCUUGAGAGAUCAUCCCUUUCUGUCCCUACUCGUAUUAUAAUGCACGACGUCCUUUGACUGGCUUAUACGCGAAUGACGAACGAGUUAAAUCUGGCUUUCCAAGUCAGAAUGUUGAAAGUUUAACGUCGAAAACUUCUAUGCAGGGCACCAAUGGAACGCACUGAGCAUGUUGUCCGAUAACCAGAGUUCAGAGUUGACGAUGAAACGUUGUAAACUAUGUAUUUUUGACCUUAAUUUUCCUCUCUUUGUAAAAUAACGAUGUUGCAUCAUACAUAUAUAUAAUGAAUUAUAUAUAUAAUGCAUGGUAAAAUUCUUAUACAUAUAUAUAUAUAUAUAUAUAUAUAUAAGGAUUUUACAAAGCGAUCAAAACUAACUGAAAACAAUUAUCAUGUACAAUGUAUAACUGUGUUACUCAGACCUCUAAAAUAAUUACCGACCGAUAUCGGUUGAGUAUCUAUUGGAGGUUCACAAUUAAUGUUGUUAUACACAUAGACGUGUAAACGGAGAUGGCCGGCUGGAAAGAGGAUCAAAGUCGCGGCUAUAAUAAAUACUUCCUAUAACAGAAAUCUGUCAAUGUGAUAUAAUUAUACACAAAUAUAUCAUACAUCCAUAUAUAUAUGUAUAUAUAUAUGUAACAUAUAGUAUUGUAAACUAUACAUAUUAUACAGAAAAUUUCACUACUACACACCUGAUAUACUAACGAAUGCAUGAUCCGCACACUCGUGAACAUAAUAUCCGCCGUAUAGACGUAGCUGAAGUAAAAUUCAGUGUUCAGGUGAUGAAACGACAUGUGUUAUUGACUGAUGUGUAGGAAAACAGAGUUUGUCGAGAUCGAGCAAGUGUAAUAAGUGGGUAAAUAUCAAUCUGAUAUACGCACACUACGCGCUAUCCGUUCGACAUGCAAAUCGUCAGUGUUACAGUUCAAGCAAGGAUAUAAGUAUGUAUUAAUAUUUUAUCCAUCAAUUCAGCUUCGUUGAUGCAAUCCGUGCGGCUCGUGUUGCGCUCGGGCAUGAAGUCGUUCAAAGACAAACGUCUAAUUGUCAGGAAAAUAAUAAUAUAGUGAAUGUACAAUUGGCAUGGGAGAAGGUUACAGUAUACACCCUUUUACACCGUUCGAUAAUUAUGUGAUGAUGAUGAUGAUGAAAAUGCUGGUGAUGAUGAUGACGAUGUUGACAGAUUGUAGAAAGUACUGCGUGAGUAAUUAAUUUACGAACGUUGACAACAUAUAAUGAAGCUGAUGAAAUGACGAUUUGAGGUAUGAACUGAAAUUCUGAAUUACGUAACAAUAACGGAAAUGCUUAUAUCAUAUUUUACGACUUGUAUGUACACAGCUGUUGAUGAAAUUGGUGUAAUGAUGUUAUGUAAGUGCAGGUCUUUAACUAAUAAGUGACGUUAUAUAUUAACAUUGAACAAGAUUCUAUUUAUUAUAUUAUACACAUAUAUAUACAAAUCUGUUCAAUGAUAUUCAAAGCAAAGUUCGAUACAUUCGUGGAUUUGUGUUGUACGUUUACAUAUCUUUGAUUGACUAUGUCCUAUGAAUAAAUUUAAUUCUAACGUACAUCAUACACACAUAAUGAUAGGCUACUGUGGACGUGAUUACGAUAAUUUAAGCAAAUAUCAGUCAGUGUGUAUAAUAAAGAAACUGCAGUUGCAUA